AUGAAGAAGAAAAACAUUGUUGAGGUUGACAAAACUAUAAUGUUUACACAACUGAGUGCUCGAGCAGAUGCAAGCAUUGGAGAGAAUCUCUUUGAUCUCUCUCUUUCACAAGCCCUUGGCACUGCUCCGAAAACACAAAAGUUCGAUUUUUCCAGCUCCAAAUUGGGCAAAGUUAUCCAGCUUGCUGGUUUUUCCGAUCCAGUGUAUGCUGAAGCGUAUGUUAGUGUCAAUCAAUACGAUAUCGUUCUGGAUGUGCUUAUUGUGAAUCAAACUGCCGAUACUCUUCAAAACGUCUCACUGGAGUUGUCAACAGUAGGCGAUCUCAAGCUUGUUGACAAACCUACCCCAAUCACAUUAGCUCCUUCCGAUUUCGCUAACAUCAAGGCUACUGUAAAAGUUGCCUCUACUGAAAAUGGUGUCAUCUUCUCAACCAUCUCAUAUGAUGUGCGCGGUUCAACCUCUGAUAGAAAUUGCGUAUACUUGCAGGACAUCAAAAUUGAUAUUAUGGACUACAUCGUCCCUGGUAAUGUCAGCGAUGCUGAGUUCAGACAGAUGUGGUUUGAUUUU